UGGAAUUUUGAAAAUCAUCCGCACAGAAAAAUGAUCCUGUCGAUUUCUCUACACGGAAAGGUGUUCCAUCCUUUAAUUCUGUGUUCAGAAAAGCACCCCUCCCCCUCCUCAAGAAAUAUGGUAUCAACAUGAACAAAAUCUUUUACAUGUCUUUGAGAUAAUGAAAAAUGCUCAUGGAGCUCUUCAAGCAUCAGAAUCUUGUGCUGGACUUUCAUCUUGUGUAGAAAAUAUUUUAAAGCCAGUGUUAUUUAACUAUUCAAGUUUUUACAAUGUUUGUUGUGGAGGAGAACAAAAUGUAUAAAGUGAAAAGACCGUGUCCGCUCAAUCAUACAAUAUGUUGCGUAAUGAUGUCAUGACAUCUCAGUGUAAUGGGAAGAGUGAAUAUGUCAGAUGUAAACAGCAUUCUAGCUUGGGGGCAAUGUCCAGGGGCAAACAAAAUCCUCUAAGUAGAACAGAUGUAAUGCUGUUAAGGGAAACUGUGGAACACUUAAAGAAAACAAAAAAAUAAUAAUUUUCAGAACUUAUUUGUAACAGGGGACCUGUGUUAUCUGUCAACAAUUUUGAUAGCUCAAAUAAGUUGUCUUGCAUUUAAAAGAAGUUUGAAUCUGAAUCUUAUAUUUCAAUACAUUUAAUGCAGCAUCAAAAAGAAAGUCAUUUUAUUAAAAACUGUAUCCAUCAAAAAAGGUUGGAAGCUUUUGUGUGUGUCUUUAAACAGGGGUAUUCAGACAGUGUCAGGCAAAGAGUGAACCCUGAAAAGAUUGAUUAUAAAACCCAGGAAAAUUCUAGAACACUGCAACCUGAAAACAGUUCAUCAACAAAAAGAAGUUUUAAAAGGUUAAAUAAAAGCAAAAGUGAGAGUGCACUUUAUAAAACUACAAAUUCAGCAACUACACGAUUACCUAGACCCAGGUCUUUAAACAACAUAGUUAAAACGAAAUAUUUCAACUGCCAGUUAGAUAACAAUACACUAGUGAGUAGCAGUAUCUCAGAUAUCCACAUUACCUCAUGGAAUGGUGCUAGUGAAGAAAUAGAACAUAAUCCUAUUAAAUCAGACUGCAUUUCUACCUGUGUAGUUGAUUCCUUCACAAAAGUUCAAAAGGACUUAACAAAUAAAGUUGAAGAAACAUCAUGUGCUGAUAAAUCCCCCUGUCAUGUUAUUAGUUGCAAGAAACCUGUUUCUGGCAGUAGCAGGAUUUGGGAAACAGCUUGCCCAUCUCAUUCAGAAAAUGACAUGGAACAAAAUCAAAAAUUAAAACCUUUGUUCUUCCCCAUUAAAAAUGAGUGUAUUACUUCAGGACCUUUAAACUCUUCAUUGUUGCAAGACUCAUUAAACAGCUUUCAGGAAUCCAAAGUUUCUCAAUUAAAAAAGAAGUUUGACCAAAAUCUUGUUCAAAAUAGUUUUGAUAAAAACCUUUAUAUAGGUACUGUAUCAAAGAAUGAAGUAUUUCAUAACAAUCCAUUAGCAAUGCAUAACAUUAACACCAGACCAUCUUCGUCAAAUAUGAUUCAACAAACUUCAAAAAAGUGUGAUACAACAAGCAAAAGUUAUUCAAGGAAUGAACCAAAAGCAGAUAUUGCCUCAGUAACUAGUAGUCCAAAGCCUCAGAUGUCUUUUGUCCAACAAGCUAUUAUGAAUUAUGAGAAUUUAAGUCAUCUAUCUUCAGAAAGCCAAAGAAUAAAAAAGUCAGACAUUCCAACCAAAUCAGUUGAAAAUUUGAAUUAUCAAGUUUCCUGGAAAAUAUCAAGAAAAACAACUUUGCUACACACGAAUAAAACAUCUUGUAGUGAUAAUAUAGAGGAUAAAGAAACAGAAAUGACUGAGGAAGUAGACCAGAAUACCAGAAAAUAUCCGAUAAAUCUUAAGAACACUGUUGAAUUGCAGUGCUUGUCGCAAGACAUUAAACCUGCAUCAGUCAGUAAUAACCAACAUCUUUCUCAAUUUCAAAAUAGAGAUUUUGCAAACAAUUCAGAUUUUUCGAACAAUAUAAAUGGCUUAAAUUAUGACCUUGGUGUCUGUUUAAAUAUUCAGGCUGAUAAGUUAAUUGAAGAUGAUAAUCUACAAAUUCCUUAUCCAAAAGAGAAAACAAAUGGCAGAGGAGAUGUUACUAAAGAUGAUUCAGAAGAUAAAAUUAGUGAACUGAUAAAGGAACAGGCAGGAAUAAUAUUCUGUCAAAGUGAACAAGAAGGCUUUUUAUUGAAAAAAACUAACUUACACACAGCAGAUACCACAAACAAAUUACCGACACCUUUAUCCAUUGAAGAUCCUGUGUAUAAAAACAGAUUGGCAGGAGAAACUAAAUGUGGAAAUAUCAAUGAGGACAAAUUGUUACCAAGGUCUAACACAUCUUUCCUUUGGAAACAUCAUGAUUCAGUUAGUUGUACUAAUGCAGUAAAUACAUUAAUUGCUCAAGAUGCCUUGUAUGAAGAUUUAGCUGAUUGGUAUACUAAGAAGGAUGAUACAUAUGAAUAUGAAGAAGAGCCUAUCUAUAUGGAUGCAGAAUCUGUGAGACCUAACUGCUCUGUGUCAUCCACAGAAUGUCAAAGAUCAGAAUGUAGUAGCCUAGGCACUAACAGUGACGGUGGUUGGAUUGGUAUUAGCAAAACAGACAACAUAUCUACAAAAGAAAAAGUGAGAGAAAAUUUAAUGGUCUCCUCCAAGAGAAAAGGGCAUGGUAGAGGAGUGAAUGCAGAAGAAAAGGAUUCUGCCAUGUGGAACACGGUGAAUGAUAAAGAGUGUGGAAGUACUUUAGCAGAACCUGAUCACUUGUAUGAAUCUAUUUACCAAGCAACAUUGUCAAAUAAAGUUGCCCUUCGAGAAAGAAAAAAACUUUUUAGCUUUUGCAGUGAUCCUGGAAUCAGUAGGAAUAUAAAGAACUUCCAGAAGUAUCCUCCAACUCGGAGUAAUACAAUACCAAAUCACGAACCUACUACUGAAGGUAAUUAUCAUUUUGUUAGGAGGCGAACAGUCACAGAAAGUGAUUUUCGUGUGAAAAUGCCUUUUAAUGUGAGAAGAAAGAAAUAUAAGAAUGUUGUGAGCUUAUCAGAAAAUGCUCCAGAAAAAGGAAGUAGAAAACACUUGGAGUCAUUUCCAAAGAUAGUAAUGUUACUGCAGAAAACAAAGGCUCUAUCUAUAUCUAAAAAACCAACGAGAGAAAGUUCCACAUUUUAUAUUAAGUAUUCAUCUGAAGAAAUGUUGCCAGAGGAGGAUAUUCAACAUUCAACUUCUAUGUCUACUUUUCAGCAUGGUAGAGAACAAAAGAGAACACAGCAUGGACUUCAACAACCCAAAACUCCUCAACCCAUUCUUGUUUCAUGUGCUUCCCAUUUUCAAUCCUCCUCCAAUAAAGAAGUAAAAUCACUGGUUGAGAGAAGACACUGCAAAGAACAAGAUAACAGCAGUGUUGGUAAAUUCAGCAGUGAAAGGCUGAAAGAACUCAAUCUACAAGAUGCUGUUACAGAACCCUUGGUUUUUCAAGCACAAUGUCCACCUAAAGAACAAACCACUUCUGUGAAGCCUUCUAGUUGUCUUGAACCUAUUCUGUCAUCUGUGGAGUAUAAUCCAGAGAUAAGAUUCUCAGAAGCUACUUCAGAAUCAUCAACUUCAGGAGAAGGGAAUGUCCAUGUAAAUGAUUUAGAAUUCUGUGCAUCCUCAACUGUCUCCCGGGCUAUGGGUAGUGAAGACAGUUUGGUAAAUGGUGUGUAUCUCAAUGCUCAGGAGGUUUUGGGUCAUUGGACACUGGCUGAUUCAUCUCUACAUGUCAGCAUCUUGGAGUUGCCGGCUGUCCAUCAUGCUCAGCUUCACUUCUUGUCUGAUCUUCAGGGACAUUCGGUGAUGAUCCACUCUAACAAAUCCACAGUAGUUUCUUAUAUCACCAGGAAAUGGGAUACCCAGCCAGUCACGAAAUUUUUAUUUCAGAACGUUGAAUCUCCUCUACUGGGCCCACAAUCAUCACAUCAGAUUGUUAGCAUGUCAUAUUCCGAGUGCCCUGAAUCUGGUUGUGGACCAGUAUUAUCUUGGUGCAACAAGAUUCUUCGACAGAGUGGUCAUUAG